AUGACCCUGCAUCCUGUCAUACUAGCCGGUGGGUCCGGCACCCGCAUGUGGCCCCUAUCCCGAGAAGCUCACCCUAAGCAAUUCCUGCCGCUAAUGGGUGAGCAUUCUCUGUUUCAGGAUACCGUUCUACGCUUGGACGGAUUGGAGGAGGUCGCGGCUCCGCUUAUUCUCUGCAACGAGGAACACCGCUUUCUGGUUGCCGAGCACAUGAGGCAACUUGAAAAAAAUGCUCUAGCUAUUACUUUAGAGCCGGUGGGGCGCAAUACGGCUCCAGCGUUGACCCUAGCCGCGAUGAUGCUGCUUGACAAUGAGUCCACAUUCUCGGACGGCGACCCGGUGAUGCUCGUGCUUCCUUCAGACCAUGUCGUGCGUGACAUCGAAACAUUCCAGAAGCUGGUGCGGCAUGGCAUUGAACUCGCGCAAGGCAACACCAUCAUUACAUUUGGCAUCCUUCCGGACUCGCCGAGGACCGGCUAUGGAUACAUCAGAAUGGGCAAUCGCAUCACGAGCGAUGGAGGAUCCAAUUUCUUCCAGGUAGCAGAAUUCGUCGAGAAACCUGAUCGAGACGCGGCGAAGAAGAUGAUUAAAUCUGAAGCAUACUUGUGGAACAGCGGCAUGUUCAUGAUGCGCGCAUCAGUGUGGAUGAGGGAAUUGCGCCGUUUGCGGCCUGAUAUUGUCGACGCCUGCUCUAAUGCGCAUGCCGCCUUAAGUCGGGACGGCGAAUUCUACAGGCCAGGCGCUACUGAAUUCGCAGCCUGUCCAAGCGAAUCAAUCGACUAUGCUGUGAUGGAGCACAUGAGUGAAGGUUCACCCCAGGGCAAUGGCGCAAAGUGCAUAGUGCUGCCAAUGGAGAUUGGAUGGACGGACCUGGGAGCUUGGUCUUCACUCUGGGAAGAGCGUGAACAGGAUGCGGGUGGCAACGUCAUCCAGGGAGAUGUUUAUGCGCACUCUAUGUCUAACUCGCUCAUCAUCAGUCAGCGCCGCCUCGUAGCCGCUGUCGGAUUAGAGGACAUAAUUCUUAUCGAGACGGCGGACGCUGUGCUCGCCGCGCACAGGGAUCGGGUUCAGGACGUCAAGGAACUUGUAGAGCAACUCAAGAGCCAAGGACGACCGGAGCACGAGAACCAUCUGAAGAUCAACCGCCCCUGGGGUUCAUUCGAAACCAUAGAUAUAGGACAGCGGUUCCAGAUGCACCAUCACCGGGCAGAACAUUGGGUCGUGGUGAGGGGAACAGCAAAAGUUACGCGGGGAGACGAAGUGUUCUUGUUGACAGAGAACCAGUCAGCAUACGUUCCCGUAGGAGUCAGCCACAGACUGGAAAAUCCAGGCGCCAUGCCGCUUGAGGUGGUCGAAGUUCAGACCGGGAGCUACCUCGAAGAGGACGAUAUCGUGCGAUUUGAAGAUCGCUAUGACCGACACAUCCACGACUGA